GUCGGGCAGCCGGGAUGAGAGCAGCACAAGCGCCACAGCGACGCCAGCAACGGCGGCGCUCGGACCGCGAUGACAACGCGUCUUCCUCCCGCUUCUUCGUCUUCCGUCUCCCAAAGUGACUCAGCCGUGACUGCCGAGACCGUCGCACAAGACCGACGGACGUUAUAGCGAGCGAAGUUCCGGCUGGAGAUCCAUUGGAGAUUUCGUCGGGGUUCUAAAAAACAAAGACCAAAACGAAAAAAAUAUGGAAAAAAAAAUGCAUCCCCAGCCACGCCGCGAGGCCUCCACGUCCGGGAAAGAGCGCAGCCCCCGUCACCGGCCGUGGUCGGUCUACCGGGCCAACACGUUUGAUCUUUCGACGGAGAUGAUGGGGCUGGCGCUGUCAGGCAACUGUCAGGAUCCAGAUGAGCCGGUGUUAGAGUUCAGUUUGGUCUGCAGUGAACUGGUCACACCUACUGCGGACCGAAAGCCCAGCAGCUUUGUGGCCAUCAGCUGCACCACUCCCCCACAGGCCUUCUGGACCAAACACUCUCAAACGGAAAUCAUCGAGGGAACAAGUAACCCCAGCUACCUGAGCAGCGUGGCCUUCUUCCAGGACUCUCUGAUCACUCAGCAGACCCAGGUCAAGCUCUCGGUGUACGACGUGAAGGAUCGCUCCCAGGGCACAAUGUACAUGCUCGGCUCAGCCAUGUUUUCCCUGAAGGAGCUCCUGCAGGACAAACACCACCGCCUGCACCUGACUCUCAGGUCGUCCGAGAACGAGCGAGUGGGCAACCUCACGGUCAUCGCCUGGCAGAUCGACGAGAAACGUGAGCAGAGGGCGCCGGUUGGCCGACUGCAGCGAGGAGACACCGUGAACGGAAGAAUGGUUCUUCCAGUCGACGAAAGCUUAACUGAAUCCAAAGGCGUCAAGUUCAAGUCUUCGUCGCUGUGUAAAGAUCCCCUGCUGAAGGCCGUUUUCGGAGGCGUCAUGUCGCAGAUGUACCGGUUCCCCACCACGGACGGCAAACAUCUCCGCGUCCUGGAGCAGAUGGCCGAGAGCGCGCUGUCCCUGCACAUCCCGCGACAGUUUGUCAAGCUGCUACUGGAAGAGGACGCCGUCAGGGUUUGCGAGCUGGAGGAGCUGGGCGAGCUGUCCCCGUGCUGGGAGAACCUCCGGAGGGAGAUCAUCACUCAGUACCAGACCAUCAUUCUCACAUACCAGGAGACCAUCAGCGACCUGCACGAGUACAAAGGACCAUCUUUUAAAUCGAGCACGCUGAAAGCCGAGCGGAAGUUAGAGUUCAUGCCGACCAACUUGCACAUCCAGAGGAUGAGAGUGCACGGAGAGUCCGGCUACGAUCACACAUACGACGUGGUGACGAACGGCGCACCCGCUGCGCACCAUCAAGGCUUCAAAGGUUGCGGCCUGAGGAAACUGCUGCAGAAGCUCGAAGAGGCCAGAAAACAGUCCACCGGACCGAAAGGAAUGGCGUACCAGCCGCAGGACGUCGUCAGAGCGAAGGAGCUGGUGGGCCAAAUUAACACGCUGAAGACGCAAGUGUGCUACUACAUCGAGUGCCUGACCAGAGCGGCCAAGGAGCGCUCGGCCAACGCGCUGGAGAGGACCUUGGCCAUCCUCAGAGACAAGACUCGUCAGCUGGUGAGCGUGUGCGACUCCAAGCUCCUGUCCUCGGCCAUCGUCGCCCUGGCCGGCGCCCGCCCGGAGUCCGCCCCGCGGGGCGGCUCGCCCACUUCGUCGUCCUCCCUCUCGCCUUCCUCGCGCUCGCCGUCACGCUCGCCGGCCCACCGCCCGCCAUCGCGGGCGGCCACCUCGCCCUCCCGCCUCGCCGCCCCCCCGGAGGGCGUCGACAAGCGCGCCUCCUCGCGGGCCGACUCGUACGGGGAGGAGUGGGAGAAGGUGUGGCUAAAUGUGGACAAGAGUCUGGAGUGUGUGAUCCUGAAGGUGGAGCAGCUACUGCGGGGGGAUCAGAUCCAGAGCGACAGCAGCUCCGAUGACGUGUUCGGGUUAGCCGCUGAGGACUCCAAAAACACCAAAAAAGGGGGCAGCCCUGAGCAGGAAAAAACAUCACCAGGGGAGUGGACCGAGGCCCUGCAGCCGCUGCUCGCCACGCUGAACGACUGCGCCUCGCUGAUGAGCGACAAAGCCAAGGAGGCCUUGGUGUUCCUCCUCAUGCAGGACAGCGCCCCCACCAUCGCCAUGAGCCUGACGUUGCAGUACCGCCGCGACGUCGUCUUCUGCCAGACCCUGACGGCUCUUGUCUGCGGCUUCGUCCUCAAGCUGAGGAACAGCCUCUGCGACUCGGGCUUCCUCAAGCAGCUCCACACCAUCGGCUUGCUGGUGCAGUACGAGAGCUUGCUCAGCACCUACGGUGAGGAGCUCGCCAUGCUGGAGGACACGAGCGUCGGCGUGAACGACCUGCGGAACGUCACCUUUAAAAUCACACAAGCGAGUACGGCCUUCAGCCCGGACACGCUGCCCGUCAUCACCGGGAACAGGAACGGCUUCAACGUCAGGGUCCCCAUCCCCGCCGCCAUUUUCGACACGCUGCCGCGGGAGUUCCAGAACGGCAUGCUGCUGCGCGUGCAGCCCGUCCUCUUCAACGUGGGCAUCAAUGAGCAGCAAACGCUAGCCGAGAAGUUUGGAGACACAUCUCUGCAGGAGGUCAUCAACGUCGAGAGCUUGGGCCGCCUCAGUUUGUACUACGACCACUUCACAGAGGUCCUGCCGGAAGACUGUCUUCCUCGCUCCCGCAGCGCCACCACUCUGCCCAGUCUGCUCCAACAGCUCAGCCGCAACGUCGACGCCAAGAAGAGCAAGAACGUGGAGAUUUUGUGGCAGGCGGCAGAGGCGUGCCGGCGCCUGAACGGCGUGCGCUUCACGAGCUGCAAGAGUGCCAAGGACCGCACGGCCAUGUCGCUGACCCUGGAGCAGUGUCACAUCCUUCAGCAGGAGCACGCCCUGGCGCCGCAGGUUUUCUACCAGGCGCUGGACUGUAUGCGCAGCGAGGGCUGCAGACGGGAGAACACCAUGAAGAACGUGGGAUGCCGCAAGUACGCAUUCAACUCGCUCCAGCUCAAGGCCUUCCCCAAACAGUAUCGCCCCCCGGAGGGCACGUACGGGAAAGUCGAGUCUUAACAAAAACGCCGACGACACACACAAACACACUGCAGUAGUUGUUGUGCUUAGUCACCGAUAAGCAGAUUCUUUUGCGUCCAAAGUCCACCGCACACGGCCAGACUACUGACACUUGUUUAUUAUUAUUAUUUUUUUUUUUUAUGUAAAAUGCCACAAAUGAUUCAUUUGCAAGGGAAAGCGGAGAUUGGGAGUUAGCUACACAAAAUGGUAAUAGCUGGGAAUUGAAUCUGAAUUUGAUUGCGUACUGGAAGCUCCCGUCGUGUGUCUCUUUUUACUUGCACGUCCGUGUCCGUUUGAGUCACCUGUUCAGUUCUCGGGACUUAAAAUUUUUUGGAGAGAGAUGGAAAAAAAAAAAUGAUUGUCGCAUUCAAGCAUAACCUGUCCUGUGCUUUCACAACACCUCCUCCGUCGCUGCCAUACACACAGCCCCCUUUGUAUCUAACUGUAUUAUAUAUAUAGGGACAGACGCUGCCGCUUUUAUUUUGAAAACUAUAGUUAUUUUGCUUGAAGCUUCUCAUGUUCACGUAUGUUAUUGUUAUCGAAAUUAUUGAGUACGUCACACGCACGCAGGCGGAGAUGGAUGGCAGAAGUGGCCGGUGAAUAAAAAGAUGGUCGUCUCCAAAAUUGUUGAGGAAAAUGAAAGUUGAAUGUGUGGCCUGGAAUGUUUAUUUCUUGUUGUUUUGUCUUUUAUUUACGUUUAGUUACAUAGUUGCAAAUAAAUAUUUAAAAAAAAUAAUGUCCAAGUUUGAAAAUGCAAAAUAUUGCAACCUCGAAUAGUAGAGCAAUUCUCAAUCAGGGUUAAAAUGGUCCAAAUUCACGUAAAUUGUUAAAAAGAAAUCACAUGUUUUAAUGACAAUAACAAUAUCUUUGCUUAUAAAUCUUAUAAUGAUAUUUGGUGAUAUUUGGCAAAACUAUCCACCUGUUACCAUUAAUGCAAAACUAGUUAUGGCAUUGGUUUCUUAUUAUUAGCUUGAUUAUUC